AUGGCGCCAUAUCUGGCAUUGAGCGCUAAUGCACUUGCCGCUACGAUACUCGGAUUGGUCAUUGCCUAUGGCAUCAAGUUCUACAGGGUGGUACAUGUCGAUGGCAAGGUCGGCCCGGACACGGUGACGCGAUGCCUGUUUAUCGGCGACAAUGGGGAGUGCGAGGCCGUGGAUGUGGAACAUUGUUUCUGGAGCUCGCAGAUCAUGAUGAUAGCUCUCGCAGUGGGCGGUAUCCUCGUGGCCGAUUUUGCGCUCUGGGCUUACUCACUUCAGAAGGAGUAUUUGGACGCACGAGUCGGCAACUGUCCAAGGACAGAGCUCCUCGCGAGACUGUUGGGCUCAGAAGGGGCUCGAAUUGAAGCUGAAGUUGAAGCUGAAGUUGAGGAAGAGGCGAGCGGCGGAUCCGGUACGACUUCACGCCGUCGCGAGCGCUCAAGCCUGCCGACAACACUCUUGAGCGCCUUGAGCUGCGCAUCGGCGCUGGCGCUAUUUGCACCGCAUAAGACGACUCUGAAGACGUUACGUCCCUUGACAUCAUAUCCUGCGACUGACUACGCCAUGCAUUUUGGCGAAUACAUGAUCCCAGCUCAAGAUAUCAACACUGCCUUAAGCGAGUUCUUGGUCGAAAGUGCUGCGUUCACACGAGACCAUGCAAUCCAACACAUUAUGUCAAAUGGGAACGAGUCAUAUAAUCGGGGUCAAUCAGGCGGCGGGCGUACAUAUCGCAUUGGCGAUACAAGCUACGAGGGCCCCAGAACCAACGGCGUUGGAGUGAAUGUAGCAAGCUUCAAUGACUACUUCCUUUCCAGCCGGGGCCGGCGUGCAAAUUUGGGGAGCAGCCCGUAUUUUGAACACAAAUUUCCAGUGCCUCAGAGCGGGAGAGAGGCUGUCGCUCAAAACUGGAUGGUGGCGCCAGACUACAAAUUUGACAGCCUCGAAGCCAGGGUAUAUGGCACAAACAUAGAAGUCCGUUGCGUGUAUAUGACGGAUGAAUUCUUGAUACAGCGGACUUUGGGGAAAUUCUCCGGCGACCGGGAAGAAGUGCUUGGAUAUGUUGGGCGAUAUGACAUCUCCAGUUUCAACAAUCGCGUUGAUGCAAAGAUCGUACAAACGGUCGAUGAGAAACUGAAGAUCACCCCCUGGACUGUGGAGGGUCUUGUAGGAGCUCCAAGUUCCCAAUUCUUCUUCAUUACUGAUCACAAUCCCGACUUGCGGCAAAGCUCAGAUUCGGCCACCGUGCUGAAGUGCUUCUACACCGGUCAUGAACUCAUGACAAACAUCGUGGCACGAAACGGCGUUCUCGAAAUUAAAGACGGGAAGCCGAGACCUGGCAAUAUAGCGGACCGGGUAAGGUCAAAAACAAUGGAGGCAGUCAUGCAAGCACUUAAAAAUACAAACGGUACACUGAGCAAAGCCGUGGCUGAUAUGAGAUCAGCUCAGGUAGAAGAAGCAAGAAGAAGCGGGAAAACUCGGGACAGUGACAUGGCUCGAUUAAUGGUCCAGGAUGUCUUAGGAGACUUGGCCCAGGCAUACUGGAGCUUGGUGCGGCAACGUGUUGAGACGUCGAUUGGCAUGCAAGCCUUCGAUGGUAGUCCCGUGGGAUUGACCGCAUACAGCCACGGACGGCUGCAUGGGACAUACACACGCCUCGGAGGAUCUGGCUGGGGAAUGAUCAUGCCGUGCUUGCUACUUUUCUUGCCAAUCGUCGCGUUGGGUCGUUUGUUGUUACUUGCAAUCUAUGGAUUGACUCGUCCCGACUCCUGGCAAGCGUUGCCGCAAUACGGAGAGGACGAUAUUGACUAUGUUGACACGCCGCCUCCCGUGCCACCGCCAAAGGACGACGAUGACGAGCCGCCGCCGCCUUACGCGGUCCGGCUGCAUGAUUUACAGGCAGAAGCUUGUCAAUAG